CUGGUAUCAGCAACAUAUAUUCCCAAGUCGAUACCAUUCAUACCAGCCUUUCUUUCGUGCCGAUACAAUCUAUCUCCAACAUUCCGCAAGCACACAAUGUCGCUCUCCUUAGCCUCAGUUCCCUCAAGCGUAAAUGCUCAAGCCAACAUCACAAAGCGCUCCAGCAAGAAGCAUUCAAGCAAGAAGAGUUCGAGUAAGAAAGAGAAAGUUUUGCCUGGAGAUCCGAAGGACAACACCACUACCACCUCAAUCCUUCAUGGUCCAUUGCGUCUAAGCUUCAAAGACUCAGCAACAUGUGAUCGCGCCACCAAGGAUGGACGCCCCAAGAAGGUCUAUAGGUGGUCGCAUGAACACAACGGUACCUUAGCCAGCAACGUAUCCCGUAUCAAGCAUCGAGUUCAUCCCGACAACACGGGCCUCAAACUCAAGAAGCGCAACGCUUUCGAAGCCUCAGGGACGCUCAAACCAAACCUUGACUUUACCAACGAACGGUUCGGAAGACAUUUCAACGGGAAGAUGACUGCCAACCCGACUCCGUUCAUAUCUACAACCAGCGUCCUCAAGACUGCCGAGAAGCGAGUAAUCCACCUUCACGACAAGAGCAGAAAGGCACCCCGUUGUCUAGUUGUCACCGCUAUCAACAUCGGAGAUAUCGUCCCUGCAACUUUAACUGCUGACUUGUCGACUACCAUCGAUACCCACGACCCCGAAAAUGUUGACUCUAACUCAACUGAGACUAAAGUUUACCGCGGCAUCGAAAUCCCCAUUUGGGUCCUCGACAAAACCCCCUUCGAAGGUCGCGCACGCGAGCGUCCGGACUGCGUAGUCGACGAUGUACUGGAAGCCGGAGGUCUCUUCUGGUUUUCUGUGAACGAGCUCAAGGAGUCAGACUUGCGUGUGUGGGCAGCAAAGUCACAUAUGAACGAGUGGCUCGCGGUUAGCAGCAUUCCAAAGUCUCUCGUUACCAAGACUAUGCCUUACGAUGGCGCGGUUCUUCACACCUCUAAGAAAGCCGAAGCGGUUCGAGCUCGUAGAUCUCCUGAGCCUUACUACUGGAACUACGACAAGAACUGCUGGGACCACAAGCCUGACCUCACUGACUACCGCCCAUAUCGUCUCUCGAAGGCUGGCGAUAAGAGGAUUCGUAGCCAUGAACAUACGGACGCCAUCAUUGCAGGUCUCAUCGUGGCUCGCUUGAAGCGUGCUAGAGGUUCCGGCUCAGAGGCCAACUCUGACUCUGAGGCUCAGGCUGACUCUGACGACGAGGCCACUCUCACCCCGGACAGUAUCUGAGUCCAGAUGCUCAUAUCUUCUCGGCGACAUUCAUCUUCCUAGUUGGUGUUCCCGCUUAAAGACUGUGACCAGCAAGCUCCCGGACCAACUCCAUCGCCUCGACAGAGCAUGACAAUUACGAUGGAUUCAUGGCUGUUAGCCGGUGGUUUACACGGCCAGUAUUCUUCAUCAUUCUUUUUUCUUGCUUUUAUGUUCUCCCCCAGAAAAGUUUUGCUUUCAUUUGGAUGCAUUUUGGUCUCAUGGAAAAGUUUGACCGCGCAAGCUCUCUUCGCACAUCGCCGAUGAUAAUGGAUGUGCUUCUGCGCUUUGCGAU